AUAGACACUAUCCAACACCCCUUCACUCUGCCCUGCCCCCUGCAGUAUGCUGGGAAAGAAAAACAUGGCCGAAGCUCCCAAGGCAGCCAGACUGUUAAAGAGAUUGAAGAGUUUCUAAAUUCAUCUUGUGCAAGUCGCACACAAGUUGGUGUGAACCUGCUGAAGACUAUAGAUGCCAAACAGCAUGUGAUCAAUCAGCUAGUUGCAGUGUUGGAGGAUCUCAAUUCAGUUCCAGGCUCUCAGAGUAUGAACAUGCAUCUCACACAAACAACGAGCCUGUCACCUCAACGUGUGUUCCAGUUCAGUUACUUGAGAAGUCAAACUGGAAUAUUUGUUCCUCACCUUUUGAAGUUUGGGCCCUUGCUACAAAAUAUCAUUGUGGCAAGCUCAAUUACAAAAGCUGUGCAAAUUAUUGGAGCAAAACUGCCCCUCCAGCAACUACCUUUGUUACCUGAAUCUGAAAAGCUAUCACCUGGCAAAAUCUCAUCAGAACAUUCUACAGAGAUGUCGAAGCAGGAAUCGAAAGUGUGUGAAGUGGAAAAUGACAAGUAUUGCAUUCCUCAGGACAUCAUUGCAACAGAAACUCGAAGGAAAGCAGAAGAGAUUCUUACUCAGAAUGUGACCACCUACACAUCUGAGCAGCAGCUUGGAAAUUACCUUAAAGUUCAACACCAGAAACAGACCUCAUUUCAGCUCAUACAUUUUCUAAGAACGAGUAGAAAUAUGGAACAGUCGAGUUUUGCAGGCUCUGAGGAGAGGGCCUUUGUGCUAAUGCAACAAUUGAAAAGCAAAACUGAAACAAAUAUGGAUCAGGAGUUCAUACAAUUACAUAGUACACACAAAAAGCAGUUCAUUUCUGAGAUGAAUAAUUCUGUACCCAUCUUCAAUGUAAAAAAAAGGAGUGCCGGGUCUGUGACCUACAGCUGUAUGAUUGCUACAAUCACUGAGUUGUGGGAUGUUGGGGAUAUUUCCACAGAGGUGAAAAACUCAUUGCAAGAUUCAAUAGCUGAUGAAAUGGCUUCAAAACAAAUGAAGCACCAGUGUGCCCUUGAAGGGGGGAUCAACAGGUCAAUGGAUGGACAAGAGGCAGCAUUAAGAAUACCUGAAUUUCAGAUUAAGAAAUUUGAAGAGAUGCCUGUUGUUGUCACCCAUGUGGUCAGCCCAGGGAACUUCUAUAUACAGCAUAAGGAUAACAACCUACAGAAACUGUCUGAUAUUAUGGCAAAGAAAAACAGUAGGUCCUAUGCUGAAAUAAAUUGCAUCCCAGAUAUUGGUGCUUAUGUAAUGGGAUGGAGCGCUGAGCAAGAGUUGUGGUGCCGUGCCCAGGUGACAAAGAUAUGUGGAAUGAAGAGCGAAAAUCAUCACUUGUGCAGCAGAUUCGAAGGCAUCAGAAACAUUGAAGUGGAGAUCAGGAGAAUUGACUAUGGAGAUUCUACUUGCCUUUCACUUGGGAAUAUCAAAGAGCUUUGUGGGGAAAUUGCUAAAAUACCAGCGCAAGCGCUACAAGUCUCUCUAGCAGAUGUGAAACCAGUGAAUGGAGAGAGCUGGUCCACUGAAGCAGUCAGGUGGUUUAAAGACAAAGUGAACAAGAGGACACUGUAUGCUAGGCUCUAUCCAGAGGGAAGCAGAGUUAUCGUGGAACUCUUUAUGGAGAAGGGGAAAAUUGGGGCUAUGAGGAGAAGUUCUUGCCUGUCUUUGAGACUGGCUCAAAAUGGUCAUGCUAGGCCUGACCGAAUGAGCAGCAUGCAUCUGAAAAGAAGUUAUGCCCAUGUGCAAUCAAGAAAACACUCGGAAUGGGAGAAGUAUCUGAUUUCCUGUUACACUCAGAACAGAAAAUCACACAUCUUGCAAUAUAAGGAAGACAGUUAGACAUCACUGAUUUUUCAUCACUGAUUAGUUUGUUAUAGGUUUGUAGACAAAUUGACAGUUUACUUGAUGCAGAGCUUAAGGUUGUUCCUUGUCUUAUUUUAGAAAUGUUAAAGAUACUUAUUCUCUUAAUACAUUAGAUUUGUCAGUGACCCCAUCAAUUAAGACUGUUGAGUUGUGAUACUUCUAUGUUGGGCCCAUGGUAAUGCAAAGGCUAGAUGACUGCCUGAUAUUUCUCGUUUGUGAUCACAGAGAAUGUUUUGACUGAAUGAAAUUAGUGCAUUUAGACAUUGUAUGUGUACAAAUGCUUAUUUAACCAGAAUGAUGAUGUUUGAGGCAAAUUUGUUGUAGUGCUGUCUAUUUGUGUUAUAGUGUUAUGCAUAAUUCUGAUUUGUGGUCAUAAUUUUCUGCAAAUAAAAAAAUGGCCUAAAACAAAUUAAA